CAAGACGAGACAAGAGGUAAGAACAUUCUUCAUUUAUUAGCUGCGACAGAGACCUGACAAAUGCACGAUUCAUGUGACUGUGUGAUGACAAAAACAGAUUGAAAAAGUUACAUUUACUCUUUGUCCAUUUAGAAAAUUCAUUAGCAAGGAUUUUAUCUUAGGAAAUAUCUAAAUAAAUAUAACACGCACAUGCAUGCUAAGGCAAACUUGCUUACACGUGUCUUUCAUUGUUUAGUGUUUACGGACGUGUUGAAUAUCUGAAAAUCUAAACAUGAGUGAUCUACGUAAGUGACAUUUCAUAUAAACACACUGACAUCUUUCUGUUUGUGGCAACGGAAGACAUUUUAUUAAAAGAUUUACAGUAACACAUUUACAAUUAUUUUGAUUAAAUGCUAUCAGAGAACAAUUGUUUAUGCUUAUUUCUGUUUCCAAAUAUCUCCUGCAGCAAAACAGAAGCAGGGUUGCGGAGACUCUGGUUCUGGCUCAGAGAGCUCAGGAGAUGAAUGCGGAAAGAAGCAUGGAAAGGGCCAAGGCAAAGGGAAGGGAAAAGGACAACAAGGACAAGGACAAGGACAAGGACAAGGACAGGGACAAGGUCAUGGACACGGACACGGACAAGGAGGGCAACAUGCGAAGAAAGGAUGUGAGCAACAAAAAGGAAAAAAGUGUUGAGUCGUUAGCCUGAGGCCAUGCUGGUCCAUGCAUGUCCUUACACAACAAAACUGUUUCAGCUAUUGCAUCCAAAUAAUGAAAUUAAAACACCCUUAAAUUAA